UGGAGGUUGUGUGUGUGAGGUUGGGUGGGUGAGGUAGGCCUUGGAUUUGCUGUAAGUAAAAGGCCUCCAGAGAGAGCCAAACAAACUUGCCUCCCUUCAAAUUUGCUGCUUCUCUCUCUCUCUCUCUCUCUCUCUCUCUCUCUUCAUGUCUUCUGCAUUGCCUUCUUCUUCUUCCUCAUCAUCACUUCACCCUCAAAACCUUAAAUUUCACAACUGGGGCAGCACUUAACCAUCUCUUACUUCUACAUAUCCUUCAGCCUCAUCACAUUGCUUUCAUCACCUAAGCCAUUUUUUCCCUCCUUUUUUUAAUCUGUUUGAAUAAAGAGACAUAAACCAAAACAUGAAACACAACAGAAAUUAAGGUUGUCCUGUUUUGAGAUAUAAAAUUGUCUUCUAACUUAACACUCACUCCUCACUCAGUUCGUUCAUGAAAGUAAGUACUAAGGAGCUUUGAUUGAAAGAAGGAAUAAUAGACAGUGUGACGUCAAUUCAGAACCUUCUUAUCAGUGAAUAGAGAAAGAAAGCUGCAUGAAGUUGUGAGUUUUUGUCUCAACAAUGAGAGAUGAGAACUCGAAGAAGAGCAAGGUUUGAGAAAUGCCAGCUAUCCUUCAAAAUUCAUUUGCAUUUGAUUUUCUGGGAUUGGCAUUGCUUACCCUGUUUUUCUUGUUCAAGCUUUCUUGGCCAAAAUCAUUGGUCAAGAAGUGGUUCAAUAUCAAGAGCAAAGCUGAGGAUUUUCACGCAGAUGAUGUUCUCUCCCAAGGUGUUGAUGAAGAGUGUAGCAGCAACUACUCAGAAAGGGAGGCAUGCACCAUCAGGAAAAGCAAAUCAGAGAGAUCAAGCAGAUGGUACUCGGACAGAAUGCGAAGAGGUAAGAAUGACCUUGAUGAAGCUCAGGUUACAGAUGUGUAUAACUAUAGAAUCUUUGCUGCCACUUGGAAUGUAGCAGGGAAGUCACCUCCAAGUUAUUUGAACCUUGAAGAUUGGCUUCACACAUCUCCACCCGCUGAUAUCUAUGUUCUUGGAUUUCAAGAAAUUGUACCUCUUAAUGCUGGUAAUGUUUUGGGGACAGAAGACAAUGGUCCUGCAAGAAAAUGGCUAGCCCUUAUUAGAAGGACCCUGAACAGCCUUCCUGGAACAAGUGGCGGAUGCCACACUCCUUCACCCCUCCCUAAUCCUAUUGUAGAGCUAGAUGCUGAUUUUGAAGGAUCAAUGAGGCAGAAGGCAACUUCUUUCUUUCAACGAAGAUCCUUCCAAUCCUUGAGCCGUAGUAUGAGAAUCGAUAAUGAUAUGAUAAAGCCCCAAGCUUGCCUUGAGCGCCGUCUCAGUGUCUGUGAUAGAGUGAUGUUUGGUCACAGAACGAGCGACUACGACCCCAAUUAUCGGUGGGGUUCCUCAGACGAAGAAAACGGCACUGGUGGCUCUCCAAUUACAACACAAUAUUCACCAAUGUCAUAUGGCGGUUGUUUCACUACGGAGGACAGUGAUAGACAGACAGGACACUCUAGAUACAGCUUGGUUGCUAGCAAGCAAAUGGUUGGGGUAUUUCUAACUGUUUGGGUGAAGAGUGAUAUAAGAGAUGAUGUCCACAACAUGAAAGUGUCUUGUGUUGGCAGAGGGUUGAUGGGCUAUCUUGGAAACAAGGGAUCAAUAUCAAUUAGUAUGUCAUUGCACCAAACAAGCUUUUGCUUCAUUUGUAGUCAUUUGACAUCUGGACAAAAGGAUGGUGAUGAGUUACGGAGAAAUUCAGAUGUAAUGGAAAUUCUCAGAAAGACAAGGUUUCCCCCGGUCCAUGACAUCGGUGAUGAGUAUUCUCCUCAGACAAUUCUGGAACAUGAUCGAAUAAUUUGGCUGGGGGAUUUAAAUUAUCGGAUAGCCCUUUCUUACCGUGCAGCAAAAGCUCUUGUUGAGAUGCAUGAUUGGAAGACUUUGUUAGAGAAUGAUCAGUUGUGUAUAGAGCAGAGGCAAGGUCGAGUCUUUGAAGGAUGGAAUGAAGGGAAAAUAUAUUUUCCUCCGACUUAUAAGUAUUCAAACAAUUCAGACAGAUAUGCAGGUGAUGACAGACGCUCAAAACAAAAGAGAAGAACUCCAGCAUGGUGUGAUCGUAUCUUGUGGUAUGGAAGGGGCCUUCACCAAUUAUCAUAUGUUCGUGGGGAGUCAAGGUUUUCUGAUCAUCGGCCAGUGUAUAGCAUGUUCUUGGCAGAGGUUGAGUCUGUUAGCUGUAACCAAAUAAAGAAAAGCGCCAGUUCCAGGAUUGAAGUAGUAGAGUUGUUUCCACAUUCACAUUGUUACAGCUACACUGAUAUGAACUACUUUUGAUGAAUGCCAAUAAUUCUUAUUCCAUGAGAUCAACUUGACUAUUUUGAGGGAACUGAAACAGCUCAGUGUACCACACAAGGUAGGCUAUACAGUGAGCCAUUGCCAGCCACAAUGAUGAUUGAGACAUUCUGUUACUGUCACACUCCCUAACAAGCUGCAGAGUUAACUAUGGAUAUUUGCGGCUUACAACCUUAUUGGUAGAAUAAUGGCUAUGUGGAUCUAAGAAAAUAUACAACAUCUAUUCUCAGCUCUCAUGAAUGACAACAGGAUUUGAAGAUUCUAACCAAGGUGUUUGACUUAUAUUCUUUUACACAAUUGAGAUAAACCAAGGGAAUAUUUGUAUCCCGUGUUAAUUAUUUUUUAGUUUUAUCUUAACCAUCCUAUUAUUUUCUUACAGCAGCUUUAGUGAGAAUCAUUGAAGCUAAUGAACAAAAUUUACGUUGUUUUCAAUUUUGUUUAUAUGAAUAAGUUGCAAUGAAAAGGGAAAAGGAACUACACUACUUACACUU